GCAGGUUGCUGUUCAGACACCCAAUGUGGUUGAAGCAUGCAACAUGGAGGGGAGGCAGGAAAGGUUGGAGAACAUGCUCAAUUUGCUGCAAAUGUGUGAAAAGGCUUUGGCUAAUUACCUGGAGACCAAACGGCGUGCCUUCCCACGGUUCUACUUUGUCUCCCCCAGUGAUCUUCUGGACAUUCUCAGCAAGGGGAGUAACAAUCCUCAUGCAAUCUUGAAGCACCUUGCAAAAUGCUUUGACAAUCUGCACAAUUUGGAAUUCAUGCCUGAUGUCAACUACCGCCGCAAGGAGUCCCGAGCAUCUCGCCGCAUCUCCAUGAGCCAGGAUACAGGUGGUCAAGAGAAAAAGCCUGAGAAAAAGUCAUCAAUUUCUGAGCAACCCAAGGAAGUGGGAAAGACCAAGAUAGCCAUUGGCAUGUACAGUGGAGAAGGUGAAUAUGUUCCAUGGCACGAUUCCUUCAAUUGCACAGGAGCUGUUGAAGUGUGGCUAGCUGGGCUUCUGGAGGCAGCGAGAAAUGCUCUCAGAUGGUUGCUGAAGGAGGCAUAUGCAGGGUACUAUGAGAAGUCCCGUGAGAAGUGGAUUUUUGAUCAUUGCGCACAGAUUGUUAUCGUUGUCACUCGCAUUGUCUACACGCAGGAUGUUUUCCAGUGCUUUGAGCAACUGGAGGAUGGAAACGAAACGGCACUGAAGGAUUUCUACAAAAAGUGUCAAGAACAGCUGGAUGAGUUAGUCAAGUUGAUUCUUGGGGAGCUGACCAAGGGAGAUCGGAAAAAGAUCAUUACUCUCUGUACAAUUGACACCCAUGCUCGGGAUGUGGUGCAGAAGCUGAUUGACGAGAAAGUGGAUGCGGCCUCUGCUUUUCAGUGGCAGUCACAAUUGAGGUAUUCCUUGGAUGAGAACACAAAGCUCUGUAAAAGCAACAUCUGUGACUUCGAGUUUCAUUAUGCAUAUGAGUAUGUGGGCAAUUGCGGCUGUCUCGUCAUUACUCCCCUGACGGACCGUUGCUACAUCACCUUGACACAGGCACAGAGGCUGGUUCUGGGGGGGGCACCUGCGGGCCCUGCAGGAACUGGCAAGACCGAGACUGUCAAAGACCUUGGACGAGCAAUGGGUGUUAUGGUCUUUGUGUUCAAUUGCAGCGAUCAGCUGGACUACAAGAGUAUGGGACAGAUGUUCAAAGGUCUCUCGCAGACUGGGACAUGGGGUUGUUUCGACGAGUUUAAUCGGAUACCAGUGGAGGUUCUCUCAGUCAUCUCCACUCAGCUGAAGAUGGUCCUGGAUGCACUCAGGGCCCGAAAGGAGCGCUUUGUCUUUGAAGAUGAUGAAAUCCCCCUCGUGAAGUCAACAUGCACAUUUGUCACAAUGAAUCCUGGGUAUGCUGGAAGAACUGAGCUUCCUGAGUCUGUGAAGGCGCUCUUUCGACCUGUGUCCAUGGUGGUCCCUGAUUUCCACUUGAUUGCAGAGAUCAUGCUGCUCAGCGAGGGAUUCCAAACCAGCAAGCUGCUGUCCCGAAAGUUCAUUAUCCUUUACUCGCUAUGCCAAGACCUGCUGUCCAAGCAGCACCACUACGAUUGGAAGCUCAGAGCCAUCAAGACUACACUCAAUGUUGCAGGGGGAAUGAAGCGUGAUGCACUCAAUGUCACAGAAGACAAGGUGUUGCUACGGGCCCUCAGAGAUUUCAACAUGGGAAAGCUAAUCUAUGAUGAUGUCGAGAUAUUUUUGGGGUUACUGAAUGACUUGUUCCCAAAGACUCUGCAACUGGUUCCCCGUGUGGUAGAUACUCGCUUUGAGGAGGAUGUGAAAAAGGCCACAAGGGAGCAGAAACUGCAGCCGGAAGCGAAGUUCUUACUUAAGGUCACACAGCUCCGAGAGCUUUUGGAGGUGCGAUGGUCUGUGUUUAUUCUAGGGUCAGCCGGAUGUGGGAAGUCUACUGUCUGGAAAGUUCUUGCAAAAGCGCAGGGUCUUCAUGGCGAAAAAACAGUGUACCGGCCAAUCAACCCAAAGGCUGUGACCAGGAAUGAACUGUAUGGAUGUCUGCAUCCGACGACAAGAGAAUGGAAAGAGGGUUUGAUCUCAACGACUUUUCGUGACUUUGCGUGGUAUAUGCAUAAUGUACCACACCAAUGGAUCGUCUUUGAUGGUGAUAUUGAUGCAGAGUGGAUUGAAUCCAUGAACACUGUCAUGGAUGACAACAAGAUCCUGACUUUGGCCAGCAAUGAGAGGAUUCCCCUCACCCCAACCAUGCGCCUUCUCUUUGAGGUGUAUACAAUGCGUCAGGCAUCACCUGCCACUGUUUCCCGAGGUGGAGUUAUCUAUCUCAACAAAGACGAUAUUGGAUGGGAGCCAUUUAUUGAGACCUGGAUCGAAAAAAGAGGAGACAAAAAUGAGCAGGGAAUACUACUGGAGCUGUUUUCGCGGUACAUGAAGAAAUCCCUGGAGCAUGUUAUACGUGCCCAUAAGCAGGUCACACAUCUCACGGAGAUAAACAUGGUGUCUACUGUUUGCUACAUCUUUGAAAGCCUGCUUUCCAAAGUUGGCCAUGUGAAGUACCAGUUGAGUUCAGGGACAGAUAAUGCAAGCAAGAAACUAUAUGAGCUGUUGUUUGUGUUCUCAUGUCUCUGGGGUCUAGGAGGUGCCUUGCUCACGGAUAAGACAAAGGACCAUAGAUUAGAGUUCAGCAAUUGGUGGAAGUUAGAAUGGCGACAAAUUCCUUUUCCAGAUAAAGGGUAUGUUUUUGACUACUACGUGAACACGGAGACUGUGGAGAUGGCCCCUUGGGCAGAGAAGGUCGACCGGAGUGCACCUCUGGAUGACGGGCUGGGAAACAUUUUUGUUCCAACGGUGGACACAACACGCUUAAUGUUCUUGCUAAAUGGAUUGGUGGAUCUAAAACGUCCUGUCAUGUUCGUCGGCAAUGCGGGCACUGGAAAAACAUGCAUGAUGAGGGACAAGCUCCGGAGCUUAGACCCCGAGUCAAUGGUGUUUACAAGCAUCAACCUCAACUACUACACGAGCGCUGAUCAACUGCAGAAAAUUAUGGAAACACCACUUGAGAAGAAGAGUGGUUCUAGAUAUGGACCCACCGCAGGAAGACGAUUGAUAUACUUUCUUGAUGACCUCAACAUGCCAGCUGUUGACAAGUACAACACACAACCAGCAAUUGAGCUGGUUCGUCAGUCAAUUGAUUAUAAUGGCUGGUUUGACAAGCAGAAGGUUGUGAUGAAAGAGAUACUGAGCACGCAAUACCUUGCAUGCAUGAAUCCAACAGCUGGGUCAUUUACCAUUAAUCCUCGAAUGCAGCGGCAUUUUGCCACAUUUGCAGUUCAGAUGCCAGCUCGCGAUACUCUACUUUCCAUCUUCUCAGCAGUAGUUAUUGCCCAUUUCGCACAAAUGGACCCGGACACCAUGAAGCUUGGACCAAGAGUGGCUGCGGCAACAGUUGAAAUUUAUGAACAGGUAGCCAAUACAUUCUUACCAACAGCCAUAAAGUUCCAUUACCAGUUCAACUUGCGUGAUAUGGCGAACAUCACACAAGGUGUAUGUAGAUCUAUGCCAGAGUUCUAUACGACCCCUGUGAAGAUUUCAAGGUUAUGGAUACACGAAUGUGAAAGAGUCUUUGCUGAUCGCAUGAUGGUGUUGGCUGAUCAUGGACGAUUCAUGGAAAUUCUAUCGCAGAUUCGAAAGAAGCACUUUGAAGAGGUUUGUGUUGUUGUCAACACUUGAGGCACCAUGAUAAACAAUUAAUCGUUAU